AUGUAUCCAUCCUAUCGACUUGGUCUUAUUCUCAUUUUGGGACUUUCUACUUUUACUACCGCAAUGACUACACAAGCAUCACAGAAACUAUUAUUGCUCCAAGGAAAACGAGUCCUGGUGACGGGAGGUGGUCGAGGUAUUGGCCGAGCGAUUGCCUUGAUAUGUCACCAACAGGGAGCUCGUGUAGCCAUAUCAUCGCGAACAAAAUCAGAAUUGCAAGAGACGAUCGAUUUGGCAGCCUCGUCAUGGUUGCCUCCAAUAAGCGAUGGCAGUUCGUUGGCCCAAGAAGAAGAGUGUACUGACAAUGAAACGACUCUUUCUGUUUCGAUGCAAUUGUAUGAGGCCGAUGUGACGAGCAAACAAUCCGUAGAGACAAUGGUUCAGCAAAUUAAGGACCAAUGGGGCGGUUUGGACAUUUUAAUCAAUAAUGCUGGCGGAGCGUCGAACAAGGGACCCGUCGACUCUUUGGAUAGUGACGACUUGCAAAACUUGCUUCAACUCAAUGUGAUUGGACCACAAAUUGUAACAUCGCAAGUGUUGCAACAUUGCAUGCCAAAAGACGGGCAUAUCCUCAACAUUUCCAGUAAAGCCGGCAAGGUUGGGUUGCCAAACAUGUCAUUCUACGUGGCUUCCAAGUUUGCUCUUGAAGGAUUGACUGCCUGCUGGGCCAAAGAACUGGCAGAUCGUCAAAUUGUGGUGAAUUCGAUCAGCCCAGGCAUGAUCGAUACCAAGAGCUUUCCCAAGGCACCUGGCAAGGCUGGAGUUCGAACUGCCGAGUCCAUUCAAGAUGGUUUACUACUAGCCUUGACAGCCCCGUCAGAAUACUCAGGCCAUUACCUCCAUGUGGAUGAAUUGGACAUGGUUCGGAAUGCAGGACUACCCGAUACGGCAGCCUGGAAGGCAAUCGACGAGGCUACAUUCUCAGUUGCCAACUAG